CGACCUCUGAAGUCGCCAAACACGCAACAAUUGGGCAUAAACCACCCACCUCGUAACGCAUUCGACAACCUCAACGCCGACACGACAAGGUCACCUCGUGAAGCUUAUAGCGAAACCACUUUGCGAUAACAAACAGUAUAAGAACCUAUCAUUGCCUUUUUCUUGCUAUUGAGCUUUCGGCUUAGGUAUAUUUAUCGUAUAUUAACUACAGCUUCUAACACUCCACCUGUCCUAUAGCAUUAUCGUCUGAAGCCAUGCCCACUAACUAAGGAUCAUACUUGAUGUAGGCUAUUUAAGUUACCACGAAGCCGACACUAUAAACCGACAAGAUGGCGGAACAACAGUCACCCCCACCGGCCGGUGCCCGCGAUAAACUCGAAGCCCAAAUCAAGUCCGCAGAUAUGACGGAAGACAUGCAACAAGAGGUAGUCGACGUCGCUCAGGAAGCUAUGGGUAAAUACACCAUCGAGAAGGAUAUUGCACAGCACAUCAAGCGCACCUUCGACGACCGAAAGGGUCCGACUUGGCACUGCAUCGUAGGAAGGAACUUCGGAAGCUUUGUCACUCACGAAACGAAGCACUUCAUCUACUUCUACCUAGGACACUGCGCCAUCCUGCUCUUCAAGACGCAGUAGAGUAGCGGCUUGCAGUUUAAGCCACUCGCCCUUAGAGGUUUAGUCUCUGGCGCAGGCGUUCGCGUUUAUUUUAAUUACGAGGAGGACAAUUCCGGAGAGGCACAAAUCAAAUGGCAACGCAUACCCUAAUUAUGGUAGAUUGGUCGCCGCGUCGAUGUGGGUCACUGUAUAUCGCCAUACGCAAAAUCUUGUUCAUAGAGAAAGCAAUAUGAAUAUGCAAAUUGCAGAACGUGUGAUGUCAAGUAUUCUAUAGCUUAGAUAGCAUCCUCGAUGUACUCAGGGAUACUAAGCUAAGAACUAGAAUUCAGUUUCUACUCGUAA